CCGCCAUUUUUAUAGUCUUGAUCGGUGUAAAGGUUGGUUUGGCACGCAUUCUCACAGCUAACCGUUCCCAAGAGGAUCAAAAACGUACCUCCUAGACGCGUUAUUUCGUGCAUAAGUGCUGAGUUAUUAAUAAAAUUCACAUAAAUGAAGAUGGUUGACAAAAUUGAAAUGAGUUUGGACGAUAUUAUCAAACAAAAUAAGGGUGGAAGAACCCGCGGCACUACUGGAGGUAGAAGAGGACGUGGAAAUGCCACCGGUGCAUCACCCAGACGUGGGGCUAGGGGUCAGAGAGUUGGUGGUGGAGUCAUGAGGGGACGUAAUCGUGGUGGCAUCGCCAGAUCAUCAGCGCCGUACACCAGGGGUGAUGUGAACAGUGCCUGGAAACAUGACAUGUUUGAUGGGGUCAAGAAAGUGGGUCGUGGUGCCAUUGGCGGUACAGGAACAACAAAACUUCUCGUUUCUAACUUAGACUUUGGUGUCUCUGAUUCUGAUAUCCAGGAAUUGUUCAGUGAAUUUGGCCCCCUCAAGUCGGCAGCUGUACAUUACGAUAGAUCCGGAAGAUCUCUUGGGUCAGCUGAUGUUAUUUUCGAACGCAGAGCAGACGCUAUCAAAGCUAUGAAACAGUACAAUGGAGUACCUCUCGACGGUCGUGAAAUGAAUAUUCAAGUAGCAACAUCUGAACUGCCAGUGACUACCUCAGUGAGGAAUCCAACAAGACUCGCGGCUGGGAACUUUAAUCAGAGGUCUCCAACGAGAUUCAGGGGAGCACGUGGUGCUAGCGUUGGUACUAGAGGAAACACCCAAAAUCCUAAAAUUGGGGUUAAAGGUCGUGGAGCAGGAAGGCGAGGAGGUGGUGGUGGACGUGGUGGAAGUACCAGACAGCCGACCAAGACCCCAACAGCUGAGGAACUAGAUGCUGAGCUCGAGGCAUACGUCAAAGAAGUCAAGUAACCGCAAUCAAUCCGCGAAAAUAAUAACUCUAACAGGAUAAUAAUUAUUGAAUUAAUAUCCACGAAUAAGUAAUGCUCUUUACCAUCAAUAUUCUAAUCCAAAUGUUAAGCAAUUCAUUAAUUAUUUUAUCAAAAAAUUUCCUUCUCCAGAGACUGUUUAAACAACUGGAAAGCAAAAAAAAUUUUUUUCUUCAUUUUUAUUCGAACAAAGAAAUACUGUUCAGAGAGUUCUCAAAGCGAUUGCUGUAAAAAUAUGAGAUUUAAUAAUUAGUACUUGAAUUUAUUAAAAAACUGAGAUGAACGAGUGACGGAUAAUUCAUUUUUUUUCUUCAUUAAUUUUUUAUUUGUAAUUUUGUGUGCGAAAUCAUUGGAAAACCCGUAAGGAAGGAAUUUAUUUGACUAUAUGAAUAAUUUGUGACAAAGAGCGAUUGAAUGAGGGCGAAAAUAUAAAAGGAAAACAUUUCACCACCAAAGGAAUUUUCUUCUUUGAAUGAAUAUCGAAUUGAACUUAUAAUUAAGAUUUUUUGGUUCACCAGUUACAGUUAAUCUAGUUGUAUUUCCCAUUGUUCCUUGUGUAUAAAAACAUUUUUUUCGCCAGUGA